AUGAAAACAAGGGCAGUUUUGUCAGUUGCUAUGCCGUCACCGCAGGUGUCUGAUGAAGAAGGAGGCUCUGCAACUGCAAACUUGCCUUGUGCGGAGAACACCGAGAAAAUCCAGUCAAAAUCAUCAUCAUCAUCAUCAUAUCAUUCUCGCAGAGUGUUUAAUUACUACAAGGAUAUACUAAUAAAUAUCAUGAAGGGUAUCUGA